AAUUAAAAUACUAUCAUUAAUUAAUGAAAUUAAUUGAUAUCAAUAAACUUUACAAUAACGCAUAAUCUUUCUAAGCGGUUCAUAUCAUUCGCCAUUUGUGACAUCAGUGAAAAGGAAAGUUCUGUCAUCGCCAUUAAAAUUCCGAAGAUGGGUGAUCGGAUUAAGGUUGGUACUCGAGUGGAAGUGAUUGGUAAAGGAGUUUUUGGUCAAGUGGCGUACAUUGGCACUACACUUUUUUCAACUGGGAAAUGGGUUGGAGUUGUAUUAGAUGAAGCGAAAGGUAAGAACAAUGGAACUGUACAAGGCAAGACUUACUUUCAAAGUCCCGAAAACCAUGGAAUCUUUGUGCGUCAGUCACAGAUUCGUCUUGCAAGUCAGAUUCAAGCCGUUGACAGUCCAGAAGGAGGUUCUGACACUGCUACAACACCUACAGAUGUCAAGAAGACUGCUCGCAGGUCUGGCCUCAGACCACCCAGCUUUGUUGGAAAAAGUUCUGAAAAUAUUGCUGAAGCUGCGUCACGAUCAAGCUCAAAGGAAACCAGUCCAUCAACCAGUAUGGAGAUGUCCUCCAGUUUCAGUGAGCCCUCACGAAUGCAAACCUCGAUGACCACAAGUCGAGAGAGCUCUGGCAUCCCAUCACGCAUGUCUCGAAGCCGAGAAACGACCCCGAGUGAAGAGAAAAGCUUAAGCAUUACUUCCCCGAGCACCCGGACUGUUUCACAGGCGGCAGCUGCUGAUGUUACUGCCAUGAGGACUAUUGCUGAGGACAAGUUCUCUGUACUGCAGAAAGAGCAAGAGAAUGCUGGACUGAAAGCUGAGAUAAAAGAUCUGAAUGAAAAACUGGAGACCCUGAAGGUAAAACGUAUUGAGGACAAGGCCAAGCUGAAGGAAUUUGAAAAACUGAAAAUUGAGAUGCAGAUUAUCUCUGAAAAUAAAGUGAAAAUGAAAGAAGUAAACAAUGACUUAAACAGAAAGCUCCAGGCUGCAGAAAAGGAAGCCCGAGAUGUCAGAUCUGAAUAUGAUCGGUAUAAAGAGGAAAUGGCUGAUUUUGCUGAAACUGUUGAAAUUGCGACCCUAGACAAGGAAAUGGCUGAAGAAAAGUGUGAAGGUCUUGAACAAGAAUUAGAAAGCUUAAAAGAAAAAUACGAAGAACUUAUUUUAGACCAUGAUAUUUUAGAAAAUGAAAUCAAGGACAAAGGUACUGAAGGUGUUGCUGCUAAUUAUGAAUGCAAGCAGGUGGAGCUCCAGAAUGAGCGUCUGAAAGAAGCUCUAGUUAAGAUGAGAGAUUUGUCAAAUGAAGAAAAGCAUGAAAACCAAAGGCUAGGGAAACAAAAUGAGAAACUACAAAGUGAAGUGGUUGGACUGAGGAAAGAUAAAGAGAAACAGCUUAAUGAAAUCCUGGAACUGCAGAACCAAACAAUUGAGCUAAAAGAACAGUUAUCGGAAGUUCUAGCCAAGGUGGAUGCUGCUUUGGGUGCAGAAGAAAUGCUUACAACACUCACAGAGAAGAAUCUAAAACUGGAAGAAGUAAUUGAGCAAAUGGAAGAAGAAAAAGCUGAUUUGGAAACCUUACACGAAAUGAAUGAAGAACUACAAGAAAAUGCUCGAGAAACUGAACUGGAAUUGCGUGAAGAAUUGGACCUCACAAAUGCACGCCUGCUUGAGAGCAAGCGAAAAAUUGAAGCUGCUUGGGAAAGCAUGGCUGACUAUGAUCAAACUAUCUCUAAAUUCCGAGAUUUGGUCAGUCAACUUCAGGAUGACAACAAAGAACUUCGUAGCAAACAAGCAGAAGCUGAGCAAAAGCAAGACACCCCUCCUUUGGAAGUAUUUGACUUUAAAACCAAAUUUGCUGAAAGCAAGGCAUAUGCUAAGACUAUAGAUAUGGAACUGAGGAAGCUUGAUGUUGCACAAGCUAAUGUCCAUGUCUCCUUGCUACAAUCAUUCAUGCCAGACACAUUCUUGAAAACAGGUGACAGUGAUGCUAUCCUCGCUGUAUUACUAGUACCACGAGCAAUCAGUAAAGCUGAGCUGUUGAUCAGCCAUGUCCGAGACAAGUUUGAUGUCACAGAUACCAUUAUUCGAGACGAUGUGUUCAAAACCCAUCGUGGGGCUCAAGUGAGCUAUGCAAAUAGUCUGAUCAUGCUACUUAAUAUCCUGAUUGGAGUUCUCCACCAAUUUGAGAGUGCUUUGAAAACAUGCAGUGUGGAAUUGUUAUUGAAAAUUAGUACUCUGGUACCAGAAAUGGCCAUUCAUGAAAAGGCUCUUGAUUAUUUUAUUGACAUGUUGAGGAAAGAUCAGCUGGAUGAAACUGUUUCGAUGGAUUUUCUGGAGAAAAGCUUAAAUUACUUCCAGCAACUCUAUAGUGUCCAUCUGGUGAAUGAAAAAGUAAAUUGUACUCAUUUGAUGGCAGACCAAGUGAAACUGGCACUGAGUUCUUGUGAUUCUAUCCAAGUGGAUAUUACUCGCCUUAAGAUGCUUUUGCAGCCUGGUGAAGAGAAGAGUGAAUUUUCUAUAUUGCUGAGAGAUUUAGAGACUUGUAAUAAUGACACACGAAUGUGUGCAAAAAAGAUCCGGAGACGACUUCCUCAAAACGAUGGCAGCUCAACUGCCUCACCAUUGAUGUGUCCUAAAGAGAUUCAAAACAUUCUACUGGACUGUGGAAUAAACAUCGUACGUGUAUCAAAAUCCCUGCACCAUGUUGCACUUGGUGCCAUGGUACAGGAAGCUGUACUCUCAAGUUCAAGACAACAAUCCAAAUCAGAUGAUAACGAAGGUGUUAAACCUAAGCAAAUGGAAGAACUCGCCUAUGAAGCUACUGAUAAGGUGUAUGGCAAAGAAGAUAGCGGACCUUAUGAGUGUCUCCGAUUAUCGUUUGGUGCAGUUGUUGGAACAAUGAAUAAAGUCGCCAAUGCCAUGGAGAAUGGAGAGUAUGAUUUUGAUGGCACUCAUGAUAAACAAAUUCAAGCACCAAUUGCUGAACGUGCCAACAUAGUAAAAUCCAGAAUCGCAGACAUUGAAACAUUGAAGAUAAAACUUGAUAAAAAGGAAGAAGAUAUCAAGGACCUUAAAAUGCAGUUGAAGUUGAAGCAAGAAACAUUGAGCCAACAACAGCUGAAGGUGAAGGUGACCGAAAAGAAACUGGAGACUGCCACCAAGGAAUAUGAGGACGAAAGCAAGAAAUUGAAACAACAGCUGGAUGAAGUCCGAUCUCAGUUAGAGGAACAACAAAAGCAGUUUGAGAAGAAUGUCAGGAUGAUGCAGGAGGACAUUGAUCACCUGCAAGAGGACCGGACUGAGCUAGAAAAGAAAUUCAAAUCUGCCACCCGUAAGCACUUGAUGGAGGGACUCUCUCGCAACAACUCUGCGGGCCCACCACCUGCAAGUCCAACAGUAACCUGCACAUCAUCUACCAAUGUUCAAGAAUCACCAAUGCUGAAACAACAGAUUUCUUCAAUGAAAGAAGCAUUAAAUCAUGUGAUUCAAGAAAACAUCCGUUUAAAGGGUCAGAGACUAAGAGAUCAAAUGAGUCAACUACCAUCCCUUUAUGUGCCUAAAAAACCUACAGGUCUUGCCAAUAAGACAGGUCUAGUCAAGAUUGGGGAACUUCCUGACAAUAUUCCUGGCAAGACAGAACUGAACGAUCUGACAAAGAGAGUUACUCAGCUGUUGAAGGAAGCUAAUCAACUGAGUGCUUGCCCUGUAGUCAUCGACAUCAGUAGCAGAAAGCCUGGUUCCAAGCCAGUGACUCAGACAGCUAGUCCUAAUAUGCAAUUAAUACGACAAUCUUCAAAACUUGUCCAGCUUGAAAAGGGAACUCAAGAACUCCAAGUCCAGGUGACCAAUUUUCUGGCAGCAAACAGGACUGGUGGUCAAGUGAGAACAGAUUUUUCAUCUUUCCCAACACCUGAAUAUGCUCGGGUACUAAAAGAGAAAAGCCUGGACAGUCUGGUACUCGGGCGUAUAUCAAUCCCCACUCCAGGCACUCGACCUGAAGUCAUACCCGUCAAUAUCCAACCAUCUCAACUUCACACGAUCCACAACAAACUUAUUACAGUUAAUCCCUGAAGCCAGCCUGUGACAAAACUUAAUCCAUAUACAGAUAUAAGCUUUUCAUUAAUAAGUUGCUUUUUCUCUCCAGAUUCAGCUCCUCUAGUUCAGUGUUAAAAGUGUUAAGAACCUCUCUAUACCCUACUGUUUCCUUUCACUUGCUCAUCAAUUUCAGCCAAAAUAUUGUUGAGGUGUUUAUACCCUAUUACUUCUGUAUUGUAUCCAUGGCAAAGAUUCUUCCCUUUGGCCUACUUCAUUUAGCUGUAUGUAAGUACCACAAGGUGGUAUAAGACCAUUGGGAAUAAGAUGGUAUAAGAGGCAUAUGGGAAUGGCAACACUAUAGAAACUGAUGAGUGUUUUGCUAUUUGUGGUGUUGGCCUGGAGAGGUCAGUAGGGUACCGCUCAAGUGUAUUUCUCUCAUAUCACAUACAAAAAAAAAAACGUCUUUAGUGGAUACGCUAAUGACCAGAUAGAACUGUUGACCAUCUGCUGUUUCAUAGUAAGUUCCUGACUUAAUCCAUCCCCUGUUUUUAUGCCACCAACUAACUCUUGAAUGUGUUUAGUGGAAUCCAGUCUGUUACAAGCAUUUGGAACUGGUCCCUGAUCUAAGGAUAACCCACAAGUCGUAGCCUCCAUUUUUCUUUCUUUCUUCCCCCCGACCCCUACUGCAAGUUUCUAAAUUCUUGUCAAAGUAUCCUGUAGGCUGCCCUUCCUCCUCUGACUAAAACAAAAUUUUUUUUCAAAAAACGAAACCGGUGAAGUUGUUUCACUUAUACAUUUAGAGUGUAAGCAUGAAUUUUACAACAUCCCAUUUUUCUCUACCCCUAAUCUAAAAAUCUUGGGCUUUAUGCAAAUGUAAGAAAUAAUCAUAUUUGAGCAGUGUGGUUUGGCUUGCUGCUACUAUUAUUAUUAUUAUCGUUAUUAUUAUUUCAUUGUUGCUUUCAAAGCUUUCCCAUCAAAAGGGAAUGAGUGAUUGCCAAACCUUCUAAACACUGCAUAUUCCCAGCUAUUCUCCACUUUGCUAUCAAUUUGCAGAAAUAUUGCCUUAAAUGAUUUGAUUGAUUAAAGAGAAAAUAUGGAUUAGGUAAUUUAAAAUCUGCCAAGAUUAAUUUAUAUUUUCAUCCUUCCAAGAUGAGAGUACUUUUAAGUACUGGGGUUGAUUCAAUUGACUAACCCUUUUCCCUAAAUUUGUGGUGUGGUGCCUAUGUAAGAAAUUAUUAAUAUUAUCGUUGUUAUUUGUCUGUGUUGUAUUCUGCUAAUUGGUAAAUUCUUUAGAAGUGGUGAAAUAAAUAUACUAGACUUUUUUUUUUUCAUUAUUAUUAUUAUCUGAUAAAAAAAAAAUAACACAAAAAACCCAAAACAAAAAUUGAUUUUUCAAAAUUCCUUAAAUUAAAAAAAAAAAUGUAAUCAUUUACCAACAGAUAGUUGAAUCAAGACUAUACCAUGCUACCUCCUGUCUCGAAAUCUAAUU